AGAAAAAGUUAGUCAGAGGGCUCAGACAGCAGCAACUCUCAGUCUGUGAUCACCAUCUUUGAUAAUGGUGGAGACAUUGGAAUCAGUUGACCUCUGUAUCCCUCCCCUGAACACCUCCUGUAGGUCGUUGUCUGUUACUCCCCAGACUAUGCUAAUCGAAACACUGCUGUACUGCAUCUCUCUGCUCACUGUGCUGCUCAACUUAUUGGUCAUCAUCUCCAUCUCCCACUUCAGACAACUCCACACUCCCACCAAUGUCAUCCUCCUCUCCCUGGCUGUUUCUGACUUGAUUGUGGGUCUUGGAGUGAUGCCAGCUGCAAUUCUCAGAUGGCCGUACUGUUGGUUUAUGGGUAAAAUCAUAUGUGGUAUUGGAUACCUGAUUGCCUUCAUCAUCACCUCUGCCUCUUUUGGGAACAUGGUUCUCAUAUCAGUUUACCGUUAUGUGGCUAUUUGUGACCCUCUGCGCUAUUCUCCCAUGGUAACACUAAGCAGAGUUAAAGUUGGUGUGUCUCUGUGUUGGUGCUGCUCUGUUGUUUACAACGUCAUAAUACUGAAAGAUUACUUUUCACAAAUAGAUUUAUCUAAUUCCUGCUAUCAAGAGUGUGCUGUUAUCAUAAGCUAUAUUUCAGGGGCAGUAGACAUGGUUCUGACUUUUUUCUGCCCUGUUACUGUGAUCAUAGUUCUCUAUACGAGAGUGUUUGUGGUGGCUGUGUCACAGGCACGUGUCAUGCGGUCUCAAAUUUCAACUGUCAAAUCAAAUACUGUGACUGUCAAGAAAUCUGAGAUGAGGGCUGCUCGAACUCUUGGUGUUACCAUUGUUGUGUUUGUACUUUGUCUCUGUCCAUAUUACAUUCCCUCUAUAACAGGACAGGACACGAUAGUUGGUGGUUCAUCAGCUCAAAAUUGGUUGUAUUAUUGUAACUCCACUUUUAAUCCUCUUAUCUAUGCUUUUUUCUACCCCUGGUUUAGAAAAGCAGUUAAAGUUAUUGUCAGCCUUCAGAUACUGCAGCCAGGUUCCUUUAAGGCUAAGAUGAGAAGUCCUCUACACCCUCCGUCUGGUCUCCAGCCUGAUCACAUUCUCUGCCAGCCUGCCAAUCCUCCAUCUGCCGACGCCAGUCUCCCUGACUUACCACUCUUUACAAUAAAGACUUGUUACCUGACCUCUGCCUCUGACUCCUUCCCUGCUCCUGAGUCCGCCAACCCCGCCCUGACAGUUUUACUCUAA